AUGGCGAGGGAUGAUGGGCGUAGGAGUUCUCAGGAGGCGCCUCGUGACAGGGGUCAGCAGCAGCGCGGCGGUGCCGGAGGUGGGCAGGGAGCCACACCUGGUAACCCGGCGGCUGCGGUGCACAAACCCCCAGCGCAGGGAGCGGCCGGGCAGCAUAAGGGGAAGAACAAGGCCAAAGGGGGCGGCGGACAGCAGUCGGGCCAGGGCAACGGCGGUGAAUGCUUCCGGUGCGGGCGCGCAGGGAAUUUCCAAUCCGAGUGUGAGUUCGACCCCCUCUGCGUGCUGUGUAUCAAGGAGGGGCACAUCUCGGCCAAUUGCCCAACCCGUGGGAAGGCACUGAGGCUGCAGGCGAUGGGUUUCGCCAUCACGGGGGGAGGCUUCUACAACAUUGAGGUGGAACCGAUUCGCGACGAGGAGAAGAGUGACCAGUUUAUGGCGGUCAUCAAGUUCGACAAGCAACAGCCGCUCUCGGCGAUCCAACUGUCUGACGAGCUGAAGAAUCUGGUGGAUGAUCUGUGGGAUUGGCAAGUGGCCAAGGUGUCGAAAUCCGAGUUCACGGUGUGCUUCCCAUCCCGGGCCACCCUCAAGAUUAGCACCGGCAGCGGCAAGCUGUACCUCCUGUUGAGCAAGGCCGAGGUUAGCAUCAGGGAGGCUUUCCUCCCGCCGCGGCCAGGGAAGGCCUUCCCCACCACUUGGGUUAAGCUGACGGGCCUGCCAAGGGAUAUGAUCGAAAAGGAUAGGCUGAUGGCCGGCAUGGUGAUGAUUGGUAGGCCCUUGGAGGUUGACGAGCUCUCCCGUCGGAAGUGGACGACGGAGCCUGUGAGGAUGAGGUUCCAGUGCCGGUUCCCCGAGCGUAUCAAGGGGACGGUGCAGCUCACUGUCAACGGGGAGCCGUACACCGUUGGGGUGCAGGCGGAGCUGGGACGCAGUGGCCCGGGUGGGGCCGGGGAUGGCGGGCCUCCUAAGCCGCCGGCGCCCCCCAGGGAUGACGAUGGGGACAACGAGUCGGAGGAGCACAGCCACGAGGCGUGGAACCGCCACGGCUGGAAGAAGAAUGGAGACAAGGACCAGUGCCAGGGAGGCGAGGUCGAUUCGCAGAAGGGUGGGGGCGCGGAUUCGGCGAGUUUGGCGGCGGUGUUGGUUCCUUUAGCGCGCCGCAGCUGGGCAGGGAGGUGGCUGUCCAUUUCAAUCAGUACGGCUCGAAUAUGA